AUGGCCGAUCCUCUCAGUGUGAUCGGCACUGUGAUCGGUCUCAUAACAGCUGCGGACGCUGCUUACGACAAAAUCAAGGCGAUCAAAGACCUACCCGAGGCGUUUGCGGAAGUUAGCCUACGACUUCCCAUCGCUCGAGAGAUUCUUAGGAAAAUCGACGAAAAGUACGAGAACCUCUCCGUAGCGACCGCCAAAAUCAUCGCUCCCAUCAUCGAGUCGUGCUUCAAGAAUGCCGAGGCCUUGAAAACCAUACUGGAGGCGCUUCCACCACCCAAAGAUGCGACUUCAAAUUGGGACUCCAUUGUUAAGAAAUACAUUUCUAUCAUAAAGAUUCGGGGGAAAAAGGAACGUGUGGAAACCUUGACCAGGAACAUACUAAAGGACAUUCAACUAUUGGCGGACCACGAGACGAUCAGAGAGGCAGCAGAUCAAAGUCAGCUGAAGAAGUUGGAGGAUGCUAUCAAGGCCAUUGAGGACGUAGAGGCGUCCAUCUCGGAUGAAUUAUUGGAAGAAAGCCGAGGUGUAAACAUUACGCAUGGAGGACAAGGUGCUCAGAACUUUCAAGUUGGCGACAACAACAAGCAAUUUAGCCAUUUCGGCACUGGUCACGUCAUUGAGACUGCUAAUUUCGGGCCAUCGUCAGAAAACAGGAAAGCCAAGGCUUUAAAACGACUCAACAGUCCAUCUUGCAGGGAGCACAAGGAUCGAAACCCGAAGGCUACUGCAAAUACUUGCAAAUGGUUCACUGAACACACGAAAUUCAAUGACUGGCUCGGCGAUAAUCACUCACCUCUGCUUUGGGUCUCUGCAGACCCUGGUUGCGGAAAGUCUGUUCUAGCGAGACACUUGAUAGACCAAGUUCUCCCUAGCUUGCGUCAAUCUUCCAUGAUCAUCUACUUCUUUUUCAAGUAUGGUAACGAGGACCAAGAACACGCAUUGAAAGCUGUAAAAGGCCUUUUGGAUCAGCUUUUGAGGAAUGGCUCGCCCCUCUUUGCGGAAAGUAUCUUGAAUUCACUCGAAGAACUUGGCGAAACAAAAUUAGACAGCUUCAGUGAGCUUUGGAAUGUCUUACAUCGCGUCAUGCGUCAUCGGAAAUCCGACAAAAUUAUCUGCGUGCUGGAUGCGCUGGACGAAUGCAAGGAAGGGUGGGACGACUUGGCGAGGGGCCUAGGCGAUAUCGCUAAAAGCCGAUCCGCUUCUACAAGGAUCUUGCUGCUCAGCAGGCCAUAUCGCGUAAUCCAGAACGGAAUAAUGCAGGGUGGCAUGUCUGUCAUCCAUCUCCACGGAGAAGACACAGUUGAAGUUGACAAGAUAUCGACUGAAAUCAACCUUGUGAUUAAGGAGAGAGUCAACAAGUUGGAUGUCGGUCCAAGGAACAGAGAAAGGGUCUAUGAGGAGAUUUCACAGAGGGAAAAUAGGACGUACUUAUGGGCUCAUCUCAUUUGCGACAUGCUUUCCGAAGUCGACUUUGUCACCAGCGACCUGCACGAACACCUUCGCCAACUUCCAGCCACAGUCGAGGAUAUGUACGAGAACAUCUUGAAUAGGAGCAGCGAUAUACGCAAGGCCAAAACCUUACUGCACAUUGUUGUUGUAGCAGCCAGGCCCUUUUCUUUGGAGGAGAUGGCAAUGGCGAUGGCUGUGGAGAGCUGUUCCUCUUCAGACGAGAAACCCCCUGUCAUUGAGACCGCGAUAUUCCAGAAGAGCAUUCGAAAUAUUUGCGGCCUUUUUCUGGUCAUCAAGGAUGAUAAAGUCUUUCUGAUACACCAGACCGCAAGGGAAUUCCUUACUAAAGAGUCCAGCAGAUCCGCGCGUAAGGCGGCUAGAUCUGGAACUGCUUUGAACUGGAAGGGAUGCUUGGAUCAGGAUGAGUCGAACAAACUCAUGACAAGCAUAUGCCUCCGAUAUUUACUCUAUGUGGGUGAUCACGAUCCACCGCCACGAGCGGAAGGCGGCCUGAAGUACGAGUUCGAAGUGACAACGAUGUACGAAUACGCCGCGACUUACUGGAUCUCUCAUUAUCAGAGUUCGAACCUGUACGGAUCUUCAGAGUUCAUCCGUGACAUUCUUCGACUAUUUGACACGGAGUGGCCGAGUUGCCGCAUAUGGCACAACGUCUUCGAGUGGAACCAUCGUAUGAGUUUCUAUCUCGAACAUGCAUAUGAGCACAACGGGUCAUGUCGCAUGACCUCACUCGAAUUGGUGUCAUUUCAUGGGUUGGAAGCCCCGUUUAAGACACUACUUAAAGAAGGAACGCACAAUCUGCUCGAAAGUAAGGCAUUGUUUUAUGCUGUCGAAUCUGGAAAUAAUGACUUGGUUCAACUAAUAAUCGACGAGAUGAUGAAUCAGCCAAACUUCUUCUCACGUCGAAACAGCUUUAAGAUAAACUUGCAUCUGCUGUUGGCAGUAGAUGGAAGGCAUGAAGCCAUCUUUGAAACAAUCAUGAAUUUCAAGAGGGCAGAAAUUGACCGAUCGUACGAAAGAAUCGCACCAGGGCAUGUCGAGCAGAUCGGAAGAUCGACAGGCCCUUCAACCAGAAACGAAUUAGGCGAAAAGGUUAAACAUUCUAGGGGGAGAAAACGUUCUACAUCAAUCCGAUAUUGUCCCAAAGAAAGCUGGUUGGAGCAAGAGGCACUUAUUCGUGCAGCGAGAAGCGGGCAGCUGGCAAUUGUCAGGAAGCUUCUGAAAAAGUUUAGAGUCGAUCCUGCAUAUGCACAAGAUUCAAACGGCAACAAGCCCUUUGCAAAUGCAGCGAAAUAUGGACACGUCGAUGUGGUAAAGUUUCUCUUGAAAUAUCGCAGAGUUGACCCUGACACGCAGAUUUCCGCGUUGGGCAUCCAAGGGGGAAUCAAUCAGUAUGGUUUCUAUUACUAUGACCUCCCUGAGCAUGCUGCGAGUCAAACGCCUAUUUCACUUGCGGCGGAACAUGGACAUCUGGAUGUGGUCAAUGUUCUUCUUGAGUCUGGCAAGGUCCGUUCAGACUCACGAGAUGAUCAUGGCCGCACACCCCUUUCACAUGCGGCGAGACAUGGACAUCUGGAUGUGGUCAAUGUUCUUCUUGAGUCUGGCAAGGUCCGUCCCGACUCACAAGAUAAUUACGGCCGUACAUCCCUUUCACAUGCUGCUGGAGCCAGAUAUUUGGACGCUGCAGAGAAAUUGCUAAAAAUCGACAGAGUCGAUAUCAACUCCAGAGAUGCCGGUGGAAUAACGCCGCUCGCAUAUGCAGCUCGUCAUGGGAAUUAUGCAGUAGUAAAGACGUUUCUGGAUACUGGCAAUGUCGACGAGAGGUCUAAGAUGCUAUCUCUCGCUCUUGCGGUACAGGACUGGCAUGAAACCAUCGUCGAUAUUGUCGACUUGCUCUUGAGUUCCGACAGCCUUGAAGCCAACUUGAGCGAUGAAACAAAAAUGAAACUGACUUCACUGGCAGUAAAGAAUUAUCACCUGCCUGUUCUUCGUUUUCUGCAUGAAAGGUGGAAACCAUAUCUUGGUCUGACCAAUACACGCAGGAUACUCGAUGGAAGCCUGAUCGCCCAAGCCAUUACGAGCCCAGUGCGUGUAUUCGAGUAUAUAUUCGACGCUGGGCAAUUGGAUGUCAACGUUGAAUACAGCUGGGAGCAUGAGAACGGCAGCAUUCAUUAUUCUACACUCCUUCGACGAGCCGCAAGAGAAAAUAUGCCUGGGAUCGUGAAAGCUCUGCUUUCCAGAGGAGCCGACGUCAACUUAAGAUCGGGAAGGAAGGGCGAGACACCCCUUAUCACUGGCGUCAAGUGCUGUCACUGGAGUGCCGUGGACGCCUUGCUCUUUGCGGGAGGGAUAGACCUCAGCUUGAGAUAUCGUGGCCAGGCACUGGAAAAUCUAGAGAGGAUCAUCUCGGAAGGUCAAUAA